AGCAGUCAAAUAACGGAUAAUGGCGCCACGCCGACACCUCACCUUCCUUUGAUUCGCUCUCUCUCCCUGGACGCUUUCAUUUCAUGACUUCUACUUCCCGAUUCUGAACUUUCAGCUGAUAGAUUGAGCUCGGAUUUCGACGGAGAUGGCGACCGCCACCGAGUUUCCGGCGGAUUUGGAGUACCAAUCGGGCUUCGGGAACCACUUCUGGUCCGAGGCCAUCGCCGGAGCUCUUCCUCGAGGCCAGAACAGUCCUCUCGUCUGUCCGUCCGGUCUCUACGCUGAGCAGAUUUCCGGCACCUCUUUCACCUCCCCUCGCAAACUCAAUCAGCUCAGUUGGCUAUAUCGGGUUAAGCCAUCAGUUACUCAUGAGCCAUUUAAGCGUAGAGUACCGACUCAUGAAAGGCUUGUUAGUGAAUUCAACCAGACUAACAGCUCUGCUACACCUACUCAAUUACGGUGGAAGCCUGCGGAUAUCCCAGAAAGGCCAACAGAUUUCAUCGAUGGGCUGUACACUGUAUGUGGAGCUGGCAGCUCGUACCUCCGGCAUGGUUUUGCAGUUCACAUGUAUGCGGCUAACAAAUCAAUGGACAACUGUGCAUUCUGCAAUGCUGAUGGGGACUUUUUGAUAGUUCCUCAAAAGGGAAGGUUGUGGAUUGCAACUGAAUGUGGUAGGUUGGAAAUCAGCCCCGGUGAAAUUUUUGUGGUACCUCAAGGUUUUCGCUUUGCUGUUGAUCUGCCUGAUGGAGACUCACGUGGUUACGUUGGUGAAAUUUUUGGAGCUCAUUUUCAACUUCCUGAUCUUGGGCCGAUAGGCGCAAAUGGUCUGGCUGCUCCAAGGGAUUUUCUUGUUCCAGUGGCAUGGUUCGAUGAUACCAGCCAUCCAGAUUACACUAUAGUGCAGAAAUACGGCGGUGAACUCUUCACUGCAAAACAAGAGUUUUCACCAUUCAAUGUGGUUGCUUGGCACGGCAAUUAUGUUCCUUAUAAGUAUGAUCUAAGCAAGUUCUGCCCCUAUAACACUGUUUUGUUUGAUCACAGUGAUCCAUCAAUAAAUACAGUUUUGACAGCACCAACAGACAAACCUGGUGUAGCAUUGAUGGAUUUUGUCAUUUUCCCACCGCGGUGGUUGGUCGCAGAACACACUUUUCGUCCUCCUUAUUACCAUCGCAAUUGUAUGAGUGAAUUUAUGGGCCUAAUCUAUGGAGGAUAUGAGGCAAAAGCCGAUGGUUUUCUUCCAGGCGGUGCAAGCCUCCAUAGCUGCAUGACUCCACAUGGUCCCGAUACGAAAACAUACGAGAAAACCAUUGCGCUUGGAAAUGAAGUGGGGCCAGAUAAAAUCACGGGAACGAUGGCAUUCAUGUUCGAAUCAUGCCUUGUGCCUCGGGUAUGUCCAUGGGCAAUUGAUUCACCAUUCAUGGAUCAUGAUUACUAUCAGUGUUGGAUUGGUCUGAAGUCUCACUUCACACAUGGAUCAUCUUCAAACCCAUAAUGGGAACCCUUUUAUAAAUUUAAAUAUUGGAUAUCAGCAAUGAAAUAAAAGCUAAUGUAUGUAUGCAAUUCAAACAGAAGCGAAAAAUUAUAAUAAUGAUGCAUAUAGCGUGUUUUACUUGAUAUUUGAGCUUUUGAUCUUGGAAAAUGCUCAAUUGUAACCAUGUCGUCUUUCAAGUGAUGGGGUGUGGCU